AUGUCGCACAAAACUGGUAAAUCCGACGAGACUUGUCACUUUGGUGGUGGCGCGGCUCUGUUUUCUAUUGCUUUCGUUGCUGCAAGUCAACGUAGCACCAACGGCUCCCAAUUGGUUCGGAGGAGCGACCCUGAGCUAGAGGGACAGCAGCAUGUGGUGGGAAAGGCCACGCAAUUGAAUGAUUACGAAGGAGGAAAAAGGAAGUUAAAGAAAAAGGAAAAGGGAAAAAAGGGGGGCGUGCAAAGGGAAAUAGGAACUUACCUAUCAUGGAACAGAACCGACCAUCUUACCACCCCCUCAAGGCCUAAAUCAGUGAGAGAGAGAGGGUUGUCAUCUUGUGGAAGCCACAGCCCAGGCCAGGCUGGCUACCAGGGCAGCAGUAGCGGGCUUCCACGCCCACUAGAUGUGGACCCACCUUUCAAAACCCCUGAUGAGAUGGCUUUUGGAUGGGUUUCGAGGCUGAUGCUUCAUUGCGUCUGUGCGCUUAGAGUUGUAGGUACGUACCUGUCCUUGAUCUCCACUUAUAUGGAUCGCAACCCCACUCCCCCCCGGGCCGUGCUGCGUGAAGAGCUGCAACCCACUGGAACCCAUGCUUUCCUUUAG